GCGUGUUUGUUUACGGACGUUGCAACGUCAUCAACCAGUAUAACGAAGCGCUGGUUUUCUCCCGGGCUGGUUCACUGAAUAGUCGCCGGCCGAUAGAAACACAGCGAGGGUCCAAGAUCUGCAGAAGGUGUGUACCUCUGUGAAACCUCUGCUUGAGAUUCAUCACUUUGACAACAGAGAACUCCAGCUUUUCCUGAACAUCUCAACUUAGUUCUAAUACUACAUUCAGUCAUGGUGGAUAAAAUGGCCUCCGUAGGGCGUAUGCUGCUGCGUCGCCGUGUACUGGACUGCUCGGGGGAGGAAACCCGCUUUGCCCGUUGCUUGUCCACUCUUGACCUGGUUGCCCUGGGCGUGGGCUCCACACUUGGAGCUGGGGUGUAUGUGCUGGCUGGAGAAGUGGCAAGGGAGAAGGCUGGCCCUGCUAUCGUUCUUUGCUUCCUAGUGGCAGCCCUCUCGUCUAUGCUGGCAGGACUUUGCUAUGCAGAGUUCGGCGCUCGAGUUCCUAAGACAGGCUCAGCAUACCUCUACAGCUACGUGACGGUGGGAGAAAUCUGGGCCUUCAUUACUGGCUGGAACCUCAUUCUCUCCUACGUUAUCGGUACUGCCAGUGUGGCUCGAGCAUGGAGCUCCACGUUUGAUAACCUGAUAGAGCAAAAGAUUUCCAGCUUCUUCAAAUCUUUUAUGGCCAUGAAAGUUCCAGGCAAUGUGCUUGCUGAGUACCCAGACCUCUUCGCACUUGUUCUCAUUCUGCUACUGACUGGUCUACUUGCAUUUGGAGUGAGUGAGUCUGCGCUAGUAAACAAGAUCUUCACUGGCAUCAAUCUGGUGGUGUUGGGCUUUGUCAUCAUGUCUGGUUUUGUAAAGGGUGAUACAGCGAACUGGAACCUCACCCUCGACAAUUUUAUCAAUGAUACCAACGUCACAUCACCAGAGAAAGUGGAGAACUCAUUUGGCAGUGGAGGUUUCGCACCAUUUGGCUUCAGUGGCAUCCUGUCUGGUGCUGCCACCUGUUUCUAUGCCUUUGUGGGUUUCGACUGCAUUGCUACCACGAGUGAGGAAGCCAAGAACCCAAUGCGUUCCAUCCCAGUGGGAAUAGUGGCCUCUCUGCUCAUCUGUUUCUUUGCCUAUUUUGGUGUGUCGGCUGCGCUUACCCUCAUGAUGCCCUAUUACAAGCUCAACACUCAAAGCCCCCUGCCUGAGGCUUUCAGUUAUGUGGGUUGGGCACCAGCCCGCUACAUAGUGGCUGUGGGUUCACUCUGUGCCCUUUCAACCAGUCUGUUGGGCUCCAUGUUCCCCAUGCCACGAGUGAUCUACGCCAUGGCAGAGGACGGGCUACUGUUUCGUGCUCUCUCUAGCAUGAACAAGCGCACCAAAACUCCACUGCUGGCCACUGUGGUGUCUGGCUUUGUAGCAGCACUCAUGGCUUUCCUCUUUGACCUGGCUGCGCUGGUUGACCUCAUGUCCAUCGGGACAUUGCUGGCAUACUCUUUGGUCGCUGUGUGCGUUCUCAUUCUCAGGUACCAGCCAGGCACUCUGAACUCCUCCAGUCAGAGUGAGAAGCUGGUGGAGCUGGUCGGAGGAGAAAAGGUGGCUGUUUCUGGAGACAGUGGAGAUGAAUAUGGUCCAGACUCAGAGGAUCAUAUUCCAAGGGAGAAAUUUUCCGCAAAACUGCUCUUGGUUCCCUCCAGGGACGUUCCAACCAAGAUGUCUGGAACUAUUGUCUAUGCCACGACCGCAAUUAUCUCGGUGUUGAUUACUUUGCUGUGUGUGGUGCUGGCUGUGAAUCUGGAUGAGCUGAUGGUGGGCCAGCCCGUAUGGGUAACUGUGUGUAUCGUUUUGGCAUCGCUCUGCUUCUUCUGUGUCAUCAUCAUCUGGAGGCAGCCUGAGAGCAAGGAGGCUCUCACCUUCAAGGUGCCUUUGCUGCCCUGGCUGCCUCUGUUCAGUGUUUUUGUCAACAUCUACCUCAUGAUGCAGCUGGACCUGGCUACAUGGUGCCGCUUUGCAGUGUGGAUGGGCAUUGGUUUCCUGAUCUACUUCUUUUAUGGCAUCUGGAACAGCACAGAGGCCCUGAACAGUAACCAGCGCAAAUACGGCUCAAGCAACAAGAAUAAGAGCCCAAUCUACUUAGGAGGUGAUGAGAGCGAGGCAGAGGGGAUUUCUCCCUGAUAAAGACGAAAGCAGUUUGUCUCUUCCAUGAAGUACUACAGCUCCCUAGUGAAGACUGCAAAUUCAGUGUGACAAAUCUAAAGGUCCAGAUUCUUAAUCUAUAGGACAUUUCUCCAAAGCUUUAUUUAAACAAAACUAGAUUGCACUCACUCAUAAAAUGGAUAGAAUUAAAAAAAACAAAAACACAAAGCAGAAAUUUUACUUGACAUUGGUUAGCCUCUGCUCAUGCUUAUUAUGCAUUGUGCACCUCAAGUACAGAAAAGAUUGGUCGUGUGUGCUGUAGCUUUUGGAGCUGCUGUUGCAGUACUCUUCAGUACUGUAGAAGCCCAUGUCUGCGUAAACAGGGUAUUUGUGAGCAUGUGGCGAUUGUUGUUUACGUAAUCUCGCCAUAAUCACAUUGUCAGUUAGGACCAAGGCCUUUCAGCUCAGAGCUGCUACAAAGUCCAAAAUGGUUUCCAUCCCACCCUGUGGUCUCUGUGAAUAUGACUGUGCAACAUUAUAGUGUCCUCUUGUGGCUGAUGUACAGACUGCAACUCCAGAACAAUGCUAAAUGAUGAAAGCAGAAAUCAGUGCUGGGAUAUUUUAAGUUCCCACAUGAAAAGAAACAUAUGAUUUAAGAUUUUAUUGGCAUACUGAAAAAGAACAUGCAGAGAUCUAGCGGUAAAGCUUUUAGGCUUAUGUGUGCAGUUAAUCCAGUAUUAAGACAUAAGACUGGGCUGUGCAUUUUAGUACAUUUCAUUCAGUACAAAAACAGACAAAUCAGCAUUGGAAAACUGCAGCACUCUAGUAUAUGAUGGAUUAGUACUGUAGAAUGUCUGGGCAUGACUGUGUAGAUGUGUGUGUUGGGGUGAGUGUGUGAGAUAGUGUGUGUGUGUGUGUGUGUGUGUGUGUGUGUGUGUUUGGCAAUGGAAGACUGUCCAAUGUUAGCUUGUAUAGUAUUUCUGUCUAAUUCUGCUGUUUUUAAUGCCCUUUCUUAACCAAAUGAAGUGUCUACCAAAACAGAGUUACGCUAUAGCAGUGUUCCUACUGGAGUAUGAAGGCAUAGCCAAAAUUCAGUACUGGAAUUUUUGAAAAUGAGCAUUUUGUUAAAGGGUCCAUAUCAUAGAAAACCAGAUUUCCUUCACUUUUUUGAAAGAAAGGAUGUGUAGAUAUGUAAGUUUUCAAACUGUACCUUCCGCUUCCCGGACCAUACAGUCUAUAUAUGGAAGCAAAGCCUGUUUGGAGCUUUUUGUUUUCCUGAGGUCGUUAAAACUGAUUAAUCUAUUCUCUCAUAGUUUAAUCCCAGCAGUUUUAGCCCUGCCCACCUUCAGCCCUGCUGAAGUUAAAAGCAGUGUUGCAGCUUUUUAAAAGAGGCAUAAUACAGGGCAUACAGUCACAGACUACAGACUACUACACAGAGUUUAUUUACAUACAGUGUUAAGGGAACAGUAACAAAAACAGCCUGUAUAAUUUUGGAAAGUGAUAAAGAGAGGUUGGAAAAUUAAAUUAUGGCUGUUUUUGGUACACAAAACUACAUAAAUGUCAUAAGUGGACUUCAGAGAAAAAAUUCCAGAAAAAAAAGUAAGAUAUGGGCCCUUUAAUUGCUAUAUUAAAGCCUUAUAGACUGGAACCCAGUAGAAAAGUUGCAGCAUGCUGUGCUGCAUUAAUCUUUGGGGGUUUAAACCAGUUGUGAUAUAAUUUUUAAAAAUACUCCAGCAUAGAAACCCUGUUUUGUGAAUAUGCUCUGUUUCCUGAACCUCCUUUCUUAUUAUUUUGCUUUAUAAAACUGUAGAAUAACUGGUAAACAGUCAUUUGAAGACAUGCUGCAGUAAAACUAAAGCAAAAGUUGAAGUCCCAUGAAUUGGCUAUGAAUGGCCUUUGUAUCAUAUCUCAUGGUAUAGAUACUUGUGGUUUCCAUUGAAACUUUUUUU